AUCUGUCCUAGGCUCGAACCUUCCUUAUGUGAACCUUUCGCUCCGAUAAUAAUCAGUCACCCGCGUCAACAACUGUGAAUUCUGGAACGGCAACACCAUCAACCUUCCCCACUCGCUCACACCCGAUGAUCCCUCGAACAUGCCCAUAGUCUCAAAUGAUCCCAGUUGGUGGGCGACAAUCGAUUUGAACAUUUUUGUAAGCUAUUGGAUGGUUGCAGCGGGCGUCGUGGUGGUAUACGAUUGGGUUUUAACACUCGGACAAGAGAUUGAACUCAUCUGGAGACAACGCUGGUCUCUCAUGACCAUGCUGUAUCUGAUUAUACGCUAUAUUGGAAUACCGUUUUCUGUUGUCUAUCUUCUGGAAAAUAUUCCAUCAGUAUUGCUAGAUGCAGUAAGCACUGUCCCGUACUACGCAUUAAAUGGCACAAGUUGGGCCUUGACUGCCAUGUUGGGCGUGAUCAUGAUUGCUCGGUUGCAUGCCAUGUAUCAGGGAUCUAGAACGAUGCUUAUCUUCCUUGUUAUCAUCUUCUUGGCUGUAAACAUCGCCUGUGGAGUAAUCAUUGCAAUAGGACUCAAAGAUGCUGUACUGGAGGAGUUCAUACUCUCUGGCACGUAUAUGUGCGGUUAUAUAUAUGAAACGGAUGAGCAGCUUCUGUAUACAAUGGUUUGGAUACUCAAAACUGUUUGGGAGGUCCUCGCAUUGUGUCUUUCAGUUUGGGUUGCUGUGAAACACUUCCGUGAGCUGCGACGACUCGGCCCAUCGACAGGAUCGACCAUCGGGGACUGUUUCAGAGUGUUGAUACAAUCUCACGUUCUUUAUUUUGCAAGCUUUGUUGGUGUCUCUUGCCUCCAGAUUGCUAAUCUCUCUCCAGAAAUCGAGAAUUCGAAUUCUAUCGGAGUUCUGAUACUCCAAGGUGCUCUUCAAAUUUUAUUGGUCGUGCAGAUGUUUGUGCUGGGACCACGCCUUAUCCUUAGUGUUCGAGAAUACAACGCCAAACUCGUGGCAUACUCCGAAGCAGAAACUAGUAUGAAUUCGAUUGUUUUCCAGGAGCACGUACAUAUAUCAACUAGCAGUAUUGUGUAGGGAAAUGGUUGCCGAGUGGUUUGCAGGGAGGAGAACUUUGAUCGAGGAUCCGUCGUGAUAUUUAUUCAUACUGUGUUUCGAAGUAUAUUUGAAAGGUUUAGGCAAACCUAUUUAUUAUUGUAUCACUACCGUAACGAAGCACCCGCGUUUGAACU